AUUGGAAAUGAAUUUUUAAUCUCCUCUUGCAAGAAAUUUAUUCAGUACCCCUGAAAAAUAAUCAAUGGAACCUGAGUUGUGUAAGAAAGUGAUCAUUGAUGAUCAAUUACAACAAUUCAAUAAUUCUGGCAAAAAGCAAUUCAAAUUCUAGAUUAUGUAGAGCUAUUUCAAUAAAUAAUUAGACCUAUCAAGACUUAAACGCCAAUCAAAUAAAAAAAUCAUCACUCGCAUAUUACUCCAAGUACUUCUGAGAACGAUUGCAUUGGAAGUUCUUUAGUUCAUAGAUUUUAAAAUCAAAUGACUCUAGAUUAAAUCUAAUAGAGUCCUCCCAGCACUCCAAAAAAUAAGGGAAAUAAAUCUCAUAAAGAAUUAACUGCUUAAAAAUAGGGCACUGCCACUCCAAAAAAAAAGAAGGUAACAUAAUAUUUUACUGAAAGAGUGCGAUCAAAAGUAUUCAGACAAGUGCAUGGGCUAUGGAUAUUGAAUAUCAGUCUGAAGAAGAAAGUCCUACCUUUGAGAAAUCUAGAUAUUAUAAUGAAUACACUUAAUUGGCAGUAAUAGGCAACGGAAAUUUUGGUACUGUUUAUAAAUGCAGAAAUAAUAUUGAUAAACAAAUAUAUGCGAUAAAAUGUGUUAAACUUCAAGGAUGUGGUAAAUCAUAUGAUGCAGCAGAAUCACUUAAUGAAGCUUAGGCACUUGCGUAUCUGACUGCCAAAGGAAGAUGCAAAAAUAUAAUAAGAUAUUAUACUGCCUGGAAUGAAAGGUGCUAUAAUUAUUUAUAAAUGGAAUACUGCAAUUUCAAUGUGACUUCCCUCUAGGUAUUUUGCAAUAUCAUUAUUUAGGAAUCUAAAAGAGAAUUAAAUUAAAGACUUGAAGAAUUCGAAGUUAAAAAGAUACUAAAAGAUAUUUUGAAAGGUUUGAGAUUUCUUCAUGAAUAAUCAAUAACACAUUUUGAUGUCAAACCUGAUAACAUUUUAUAUAGCAAAGUUGAAGGCUGCUAUAAAUUGGCUGAUUUAGGUCUUUCCAGACUAACCUAAUUAAAAAAGGGAGAAGAUAUUAAUGAAGGGGAUUCUCGAUAUUUAGCUCCUGAAAUUUUAUCUAAUGUAUAAUGUUUUACGAUUUUAGCUUACAACUUAAUCUGAUUUAAGUAAAUCGGAUAUAUUCUCGCUAGGUGCUUCAAUUUAUGAAAUUAUGAUUGGAGAGACUCUACCAGCAUGUGGUGAAAGAUGGUUGAAAUUAAGAUAAGGAUUGACUGUCAAUGAUUUUGGAUCAGGUAUUUGAUUAUAGUAAUUAGAUUUCUAUUCCAUUAAGUUAAGAAGAUUAAUUUGCAAAAUGAUGAAUCCUGAUUCAAUUUUUAGAUUGAGUGCUAAGUCUUGUUUAGAAGAUCCUUAUUUGUUUGUUCCUAAAGAAAAAUUCAUACAGUGGGAGAAGAUUAGAGGAUAUUAGUUAAGAUAAUAAUUAGAUGUUAUUAAAAUUAUGGAAACCAAAAAAAGGUAAAUGAGUGUUUGA